UUAGUAUUUACGGACGAUCACACUGGUUUACCCAAAAUAGUGGUUUCAGGUUUGAACACUGUGCCGACGAACGGUUUAUGCGCAUUUGUACUUUUUCCGCAUGCGCACAUUCAAGGUAUCCAACUAAUAUGUGUGUGUGUGGUGUUUAUUGUGUCCCUGUCUAGUGUAGUAGUAGUACUUGCACAGCCGUUGUCAAUGUUCCCUGCGUCAGCUGCCAUUAAGGUUUUGUCUUUGGUCGUGUUGGUAUGCGUCUAUGAGAGCUGCGUCUUUUGAAUGUGCUGCUCCGUCGUUCGAGUGACUUGUCCAUAACAUCGGCACGUCAAUUAACAUUUUGCUUAGCGGUUCGCCGGUUGAGGUCAGCGGAGUACGCGAAAUAUUCAUACGCCCUGCCUGUGGAUAAACCUUUGCGUUUACGGUGAAUACGAUACGGUUGCUGUUUCGAUGGAAUAGUGAAGAAGGCUCGCCAACGUGGUGUUGCGGACCGAUUGUUUACUAUCGUUUUGAUUGUUCGUUAUCUGUUGAGCGUGGUCUAUACUGAUUUGUUUGAGCAACAAACGUUUGUAAUGAUGAACAAUAUGGAAGAGAUGGAAUCUGAUGACCAGUCUGUAAAAAUUUAUUUUGAUAAUGAUGUUGAUGUUGAAUUGAAUAAAUCAUACUUAAUCGAACAUAGUGCAUAUUUUCAAGCUAUGUUCAGUGGAUACUUUGUUGAAUCUCAAACAGGACAUAAAAUACAUAUAAAGGAUAUAAGCCAUACCGGAUUCAUGAAUGUCCUUAAUUGUUUGGAAAAUAAGGAAGUUGUUUUUGAGAGUUUGGAGGAUUUACUUCUUACAUUGGAAGUAUCACAGCUUCUUCAGUUUUCUUUCAUAUAUCUUCAGGCGGCUAAAAUUAUCGAAGAAAAAUACCUGUUUACAAUUUAUGCGAUAGAUGUAUUACCAGAAGUUUCUAAGCUUGGAUUGCAGAACAUAUUUGAUAAAGCACGUGCCUUUGUUUUGUAUAACUUCAGAAAAAUAUUGAAAAAGAAUAAAGUUGGUUUCUUGAGUCUAAAUGAAGGAGAUUUACAAUCAUUGUUGAAUAGCAAUAGUUUAAAUGUUGGCAAUGAAAAAGAUGUUUUCGAUUUAAUCAUUGAUUGGUGUUUAACAAACAAUAAUUACAAUAUUGAGUAUGAAUUGGUUGUUAGUUGUGUGCAUUUUAAUCAAAUGACUAAAAAACAAUUGAUAUGUUGUAUUUCAAUGACUAAAAAUUUAAAUUUACAAAAUGUCAUCAAGCCGUAUAUAGAUUUUGCAAAAGAUGAGGAUGAAUACAUAGUAAGUAAUGUAAUUAGACCGUUUAGAUGUAUUCCUUUUGGUUUGUGUGCUGUUAAAAAUGAAGAUGAUGGUCAAUCUUUUAUCUACCGCUGGGAUUGGACUUCUAUGCAGUUUAUAAAGUUUAUUAGAUUGGAUCCAUUGCCUCUUGAUACAACUGGAUAUCAUGUGUUCGCUAAAGAUUUAGAUAUUUAUGUGUUGGCUGGUGAAAUUGCAUUUGGAAGAGGAACAUGGAAUAAGGAAGGAUGGAAGUAUAAUUUACUGACAGAAAAAUGGAAGAGAUUACAAAAUUUUUAUCCAACCAAUAGACGCCAUGGAGUUGGAUGUUUUUGUGGCAAUGAUUUGUAUUUAAUUGGAGGUGUUACAAAACACAGAUUGCCAAAUCAAAUAAUCGAGCACUAUAGAUAUAGUAGAAGUAGAGAUACACUUGUUUUAGUUGGUAACAAUGAAUGCCCAUAUUUUCGACAAAGAUCGAAUAGAAAAAUGUUUACUAGUUUGGAGCAUAAUGGUACCUUAGCAUUGAUAACUAAAGAUAAAGAACCAAAAUGGUAUGACCUAAAUAUUGUUUCACCUAACAGAGGAGGUUAUAAGUGGAACAGACGUUUGAUAGAUUUAAAUGAUGAAGUGGUUAUUUGUGCAACCUCUUUUAAUAGUAUGGUUUACUUGCUUGCUUAUGACGAGAAUCGUAUUAUUAGUUUACACACUUUUUGUCCAAUGUACGAGUACACCGAGAAGUUGAAAUCUUUUAAUAUAUUAUUUGAUGAAGCAACUACUAUGUGUGCUCUUAAUCAUGAUAAAGCCAUGGUGUUUAAAAAUGAUACUUUGGAAUGUUAUUCUUUUUACAACGACUUCUUUAUAGAAUAUAAGAUUCAAUUGAAUUCUUUUCACUCCGACUAUUUAUUCAGUGUUCCUAUUUAUUUGAAUAAGAGAUUUUAAUUGAUUUUUAGUUAAGUAGUAUAAUUUAUACUAAUACAUAUUUAAUUUAUAAUCUAUGUUCAUGAAACUUAAUAAUGAUUCAGACUAUAAA